AAGGUUUAUGGGAUGAAUUGAUGAACUAUAGACCCUUACCUGUAUGCUCAUGUGGAGGUUUGCGUACACUGAUGGCCAUGCAUCAACAAGACUAUGUUAUGCGAUUCUUGAUGGGACUGAAUGACUCAUUCUCUCAAGUGCGUGGUCAGAUCCUGUUGAUUGAUUCACUUCCCCCUAUGAACAAGGUUUUCUCUCUUAUUCUUCAAGAAGAGCGUCAGAGAGACAUUGGAUCACCUCUUGUUCCUCACAUUCCCUUUGCUGCACUCUCAUCAACAGCAAAACAGGCUCUUCAUAUUAAACCUUCCACUAGCAAAGAUAGACCUAUUUGCUCCCAUUGUUCUAUUCCUGGGCAUACAAUCGAAAAAUGCUUCAAGUUACAUGAAUAUCCUCCUGGAUAUCGCUCCAAAGGAAAAUAUUCCACUCCAUCAUCUUCAGUUCAUCAAGUUGCUGGUGAUUCUAUGUCUUCAUUUCCACUCACACCACAGCAAUGCCAACAGCUUAUAGCUCUUCUCAAUUCUGAAUCACAUGCGUCUCAGACAGCCAAUGUGAUUUCUUCAGUUGAUCAUCUUUCCGGACCUCACCCAUUGGAGAAUGAUUGGGAAGGGUAAAGCCAAAGGAGGAUUAUACAUACUGCAUAAACCAGAUGAUCAUGUUACUCUCCCUUGUAAUUCAAAUUUCAAUUCUGCAUUUGUUUCACACUCUAACCAUUCU